AUGUCGCCCCUGCGACUUACAAUCGAGGAUGGUCUCUUCCGAGACUCCCACGGACGACAGAUCACUCUUCGAGGUAUCAACGUAGCUGGAGAUGCCAAAUACCCAAGCAACCCGGACCAACCCUCCCACAUCCCAGAGGACUUCUUCGAUGGAGACAAUGUUAACUUCCAUACUCGUCCAUUUCCCCGCGAGGAUGCGCAUAUACAUUUCUCACGUUUGAAGCGGUGGGGAUACAAUACCAUCAGAUACGUCUUUACGUGGGAGGCGAUUGAGCCAUCAAGGCCAGGUGUAUAUGAUGAGGAAUGGAUUCAACAUACAAUCGAGAUAUUGAGACUGGCAAAAGACUAUGGGUUCUAUAUAUUCAUGGAUCCUCAUCAGGAUGUGUGGUCAAGAUUCUCGGGAGGAUCCGGUGCUCCAAUGUGGACUCUCUAUGCCUGUGGGUUGAACCCCCAAAGCUUCGCAGCUACGGAGGCUGCAUUAGUGCACAACACGUACCCUGACCCUGCAACCUUCCCCAAGAUGAUCUGGUCAACAAAUUAUACUCGACUGGCAUGCCAAACGAUAUUUACGUUCUUCUUUGCUGGACGAGACUUCGCUCCCAAAUGCAUCAUCGAUGGCAAAAACAUACAAGAUUAUUUGAGAGACCAUUACCUCGAUGCCUGCAGUCAUCUCGCAAAACGGAUACAUGAGGCUGGAGAUCUGGAGGAUGAUGUUGUUAUUGGCUGGGAAAGCAUGAAUGAGCCUAAUCGGGGCUUGGUAGGCUGGUCCGAUCUCUCAACCAUUCCAACUGAGCAGAAGCUGCAAAAAGGUACGUCACCAACAGCGUGGCAAGCUAUGUUGACUGGCUCGGGAAGGGUAUGCGAAAUUGAUACUUGGGAUUUUGGAGGGAUGGGCCCGUACAAGUCUGGAAGGGUUCUCGUGGAUCCUCAAGGGGAAAGUGCUUGGCUUCCAGCAGAUUACGAUGAUUCUAGAUACGGUUACAAACGGGACCCUGGAUGGAAGUUAGGAGAAUGUGUCUGGGCGCAACAUGGAGUCUGGGACCCAAGCACUGACACAUUGCUGAAGAAAAACUACUUCAAGAAGAAUCCUCGUGGGGAAGUUCUCGACUAUGAGCAGUUCACAAACAUCUAUUUCAUGGAAUUUUACAGGAAAUUCAGAGAUACUAUCCGAGCUCAACACAAGGAUUGUAUUUUGUUCUGUCAGCCGCCUGUGCUGGAGAUUCCUCCUUCCAUUAAAGGUACCGCAGAUGAUGACCCGAAAAUGGUUUAUGCGCCACAUUACUACGACGGUUUGACACUCAUGACUAAGAAAUGGAAUCGGUAUUGGAAUGUCGAUGUUCUUGGUGUCCUUCGAGGGAGAUACAUGAGCCCCGCAUUUGCGGUCAAGAUUGGAGAGACUGCAAUUCGAAACUGUUUCAAGGAUCAGUUAUCGGCCAUUGUGCAGGAAGGGCUUGAUUACAUGGGUAAUCAUCCGACUAUCCUGACAGAAUUUGGAAUACCCUACGACAUGGACGAUAAAUAUGCAUAUAAGACGGGUGAUUACUCGAGUCAGUCAGGGGCUAUGGACGCAAAUCAUUAUGCCAUUGAAGGCAGUUCCAUGGCAGGAUAUACUCUGUGGCUAUACAUGACUGAGAAUAAACACCAUUUGGGAGAUCAAUGGAAUGGAGAAGAUCUCUCUAUUUUCUCGGUGGAUGACAGGCUACUUCCACUCUCUCCAGUCCCUCCCACGCCCAGCAACGAUUCGACGACAACUUUGGAGGGGCCGAGUACGAAGAUAGGUUUCUCUAAUGAGUCUACUGUGAACCCUAGAAAUCUAAAGGCCAAGUUAAAGACACCUUCAAUCUCAUCAGAAGCUACGGACAAACCGCCAGAGCUUACCAGUGCGCCCGGAUUUCGUGCGGCCGAAGCAUACGUCAGACCAUCUCCGAUUUCUACCGUGGGCAAGAUCCUCAAUCAUGGGUUCGAUCUCCGAAAUUGCAUAUUCACACUCCGCCUCCACGCACAUAAGGCUAGUGCUGAGGAUCAUCCGACCGAGAUAUUCUUACCAGAAUUUCAUUUCCCCAAAGACCAGUGCGAAGUUGAGGUUACAGGGGGCAAGUGGACCAUCAGCACAGAUGAUUCAGAUGGUGGCUUCAUUCAAACGCUCAGGUGGUGGCAUAUGGACGGCGAGCACUCAAUUAGAGUCAAAGGUGUACAAAGACAGAACAUGAGGCUAGGCAAGGAAGAAGAAGAAGGUUAUCUGGACCAAUGCCAGCAAACUAAAUGCAGCGUCAUGUAA